AUGCACGAGCUGGGGCCAUGUGAGCUACUUGGAGUAACAAGGAAAGUGGCAUUUCAUUUUGUGCACGGUGCAGGAAUGCUGCAGAAGUUGUUGCCUGGGCAAGUAUCAUUGCUUGAUUGGUCAGAUCCAAAGGAUUUGAAGAGUGAUGAUCCUGAUGACGAGUACCUGAAAUUAGUGAGAGCAACAAUCAAGUGCUUGACCUGCCCUGAGAAAUAUUUUGAGAAGCUUCUGCAGCUGGCAAUCAACAAGUUGUGGACAGAUGAAUGGGCUCUUACAAGAGUGAGUGCGUCAAAGGAUUUGAAGAGUGAUCCUGAUGACGAGUACCUGAAAUUAGUGAGAGCAACAAUCAAGUGCUUGACCUGCCCUGAGAAAUAUUUUGAGAAGCUUCUGCGGCUGGCAAUCAACAAGUUGGGGACAGAUGAAUGGGCUCUUACAAGAGUGGUCGCCACAGGAGCGGAGGUUGACAUGCAAAGAAUCAAAGAAGAAUACCAUCGGAGGAACAGCGUUCCUCUGGAUCAUGCAAUUGCCAAAGACACUUCUGGAGACUAUGAGAAAAUGCUUCUCGCAUUGAUUGGACAUGGCGAUGCAUGA